CAGAAGAGAAGACGCCAGCAUGAGUGGUUUUAAUAGACCAGACGCGCACAAGACGCCACCAUUCACCAGGGCACCACACCUUGGAAUAGGCAAACAGGACCUGGAGAGGGAUUCAGGCUUCUCAGACAUAAUAACACCCAUAUGACCAUCUUCUUAUCAUCAGAUGCGAGCUCGGAGUACCUCAGUGCAGUCGAGGUGACAGACUCUGAAGACACAGGAAGAAAUGGGUCAAUAUUCAGCCAGCAACCAACUGGUGCACAGGUGGCUGUGGUGGGAGGCUCGUACCCUGGACUGUCCCCAAUGAUCAUCAUGAACAACUUUGUCUUAAAGCAGCCGUCCUCUAUGGAUCCAGCAGAACAACAUUGGGGCUUCCCAUCACCCCUGGAAGUGAUGCCCCAGUCACAGAUGGUUCUUCUUCAACCCAUGAUAUCAAACGGCAAUAGUAGCUCUCCAAAGACUGGCCCUGAAAAUUUGCAACGAUCCAAAAGCUACAUGCCCAAACUCAAGUCCUAUCCCAGAAUAGCUCCGCACCCCGUGGACACAUCCACGAAGAGGGUGGGAUCUUCAAAGGUGAGGGCGGGUUUUGCAUCACGACAUGACCGGCGACAAAGGAGACACGAUCAUGGCCAUAACCUCUAUAGCCCCCCCAGCCCGCUGCCAGCACUGCAGACGCCUCCCCAAACCAUCUCAACUUUCGAAGCAGAAACCAACCUAACGCAGGCAGCUGAGAAUCAGGACCAGUUCCUUGAUAAGUCUCUGACCCCGCAGGGAGAAGAUACUUCUCUGGCCACCUACACAGAUGAAUUCAGGACUGUUCCAGAUGACAACAGAAUGGAUUCAGACAAAUAUGAAGAAGGCAUCUCCGUGCACGGUAACAAACAGAAGCGUUUUAGCAAUACUUACAACAUUCUCAACAAGUCUGGCUUACUGGAUAUUACAAUGCGCACAAAGCAGCUAAUCAAAGAGAAUAAGCGCACCCAGGGCCUGCUGCACCAGCUACAAGAUCAAACCGGUCUGCUGCUGGAGGCUCUGAGCAGCGGGGAUCCGCAGCUCUGGACUAAACUCCAGCUCUCUCUGCAGGACACGGAAAAAGAACACUGGGGGGCUAAAAUGCAAAAAAUAAUUUCAUGACAUGUUUAUGGUCAAAACCAGUAGUUCUGAAACUGAAUUUGGGAAGGUCAGCCAGAAGGUCACAAGAUGUGUUACUGAUUGUGAAAAAACAAAUAUCUCAAAUCAGACAGGAAGCCAGAAACAUUUCGAACUGCUAGUAAAUUGAAGCACAGCCAUGGUUAAGAAGUGGGAGUGUGUGGAAGCAUGCCCGCAUUUGAAACCCUUGCCUAUAAUGAACAUUCUUGCCUCUGCUGUUGCAAAAUAACAAGUGUCUCUUGCAAUAGGGCUAUGGCUUAUGUUGUCAUAUGCCUCAUUUUCGCAUGCCUUACUGCACACAUGAAGACACAGGUUGAUUCCUUAUACAUGCCAUUAAUGUUACUGCUGUACAGAAAACAUUAGUACAUUAGUUUGCUCUUUGAUCAAAUAGAAACACACCUUCUUUGUUGGGGAGGGACCCGUUUUCAAACAGGAGCUGCUUUAGACUGAGGCUAAAGGAGCUGAGCUUGGUUGGGAAACUGUAACCUGUAAAUAAAAAUAUGGCUUUUAAAAUGCUAAAAGUGGAAAAUUGUUUUUGUUGUUGAAAAAUGUGUGCUCUUUUCCAGUUUGUCAGCUCUCUGUUGCAUAAUUUCUUCUCUUAUCAGCCCCUUCUACGUCUUGUACUGUAAAAUGUGCCCCGGGUCAUCACAGAUGUUGGCUUUUUCCCAGAGGACAGUUUUCCACUCCCACACCCGAUCUGAAAUAUGCUCCGGCACCGCAGAGAGCAGUAGCUGGUUUUAAGCUAGGUCACUUGUGUUUUGAGACUUCUAAAAAUGUAAGUAAUGAGAUCCCGAAGUUCCUUGUGUAGUCUUGCAUUAUUUUUAAAAGCAAUUUCUUAAAGGUGGUGACCCCCUUCUCCUUUGCACCACUGAAGGUCUUGGCCGUUUUGCGAUGUUUUUUUAUCCAGAGUCUUGUUAUUGAACCAUUAUCAGUAAACCUUAUUUGAAUGGAGAUCUUCCUCCAAUUUUUUUUUAUUUAUUUUUUUUUACUAUUUGAUAUUUUCCAUUUUUGUCGCCUACAUUCAGACUCUUGAACUGUAUCGCUAUUACCAAAUUGAUAGCGCAUACUUAUUGAUUUUUUUUAGAAAAAUGUAUGAUUUAGAUUUCUUUGUUCUUUUUGUUACUAUUGGCAUUUAAAUACAAAUUGUUGCAUUAUUUCUUUUAUAUUGUCUCAACCCGUUGGAAGUGGGCUUAUGAUUUAACUGUUUUGCUUCAGUGUUAUUUAUUUGUAAUAAUGCAAUAAAAACUAGAGAGAUGUUAAUAGUGUAACCAUAUACUGUAUGGUUAUAUGGAUUUCGCCAGCCCAGUGGUGAAGUUUAUUUUGUCUUUUUUUUUUUUUUUUAGAUGCCUGUGAGAAUUGCCUGUAUAGAAAUGUAGCAAGUGAGGUGAUGUAGCCAUAUAAUUGUCUUUCCCUGGCAUUUUUUGCUGGUACUUUCAUUCUAUACUCUAGCUACUCAGUGUGGUGUUGUACUCAACUGAACAUUUUGGGUAACAGAACAGUUAGUUGUCAUAAGAUUACCGACUUGUUUAACAAAAUAAGCAUUGUGUCUUGAAACAUUGUGAAUAUACAUUUGUGGAUGCCCGUGUUUCCAGUAUGUUCAUGUUUGUUCUUUAUAUCAGUGCUUGAUUGCCGCAAAUUCAUGCAUUUCUUUAUACAUUUCUUAUGGAAGAAACUUGAAUGUAUUCAAGAUAUCCAAUGGCAAGAGAAGUUUAUUUGUAUAGCACAUUUCAUGUACAAGACAAUUCAAAGUGCUUGAAUUGUCUUCCCACUCUUUGGAAUGGCCUUCCAAAGAGUUAAUAUGGGUUUGUUUGUGUGUUUGUUGUUGUUUUUUAUUUGUUUGUUU